AUGCUCAAGAAUAACAUCCUUGGUAGCAUUGUUGGCCACGUCGGGGAUGGAAACUUUCAUGCGAUCCUCCUCUAUAAUGAUCGUGAGCGAAGGACUGCAGAGGAUGUUGUUCACAGGAUGAUCAAACGUGCAAUUGAGAUGGAAGGUACUGUAACGGGAGAGCACGGAAUUGGGCUUGUAAAGAGAGAUUAUUUGCAGGAAGAGCUGGGCGAGGACACAGUGAAUGCGAUGAGGAGGUUGAAACAAUCAUUCGACCCACUGUGGCUGCUGAACUGCGACAAGGUGGUGAGAGCAGAGGCGAAUAAAUAG